AACUCAUUCCCGCCAACAUUUCUCUCUCUAUUCAGUUUUCAAAUCUCUCUCUCUCCCUCUCCCUCUCAGCAAGCAAUCAGCUUUAAAAUUCAAUCCAGGAAAAGGAGGGUCAGCGGAGAAAGCAAGCAAAUGCCCGCGAAGAUAAAGCUGCAGCUCUUUCCAGUUGAUGAAGGAACUCGUGUGGGAUUGGAAAAGGAUGGCUAUCAUCCCUACCUGGAACUCACUCUAAGCGCUCGGAAAAAGUUGUCGUCCGUGCUAAAGCAUUUAAAUGACAAGUGGGGUGGUUCGGGAAUUGCUUGCGGGGAGCCAGUCCUCUACCAUUGUAACACAUCUGAAGCUUCAACUACUAAGAAGUGGACGUUGAGUGACAUUAAUAUCAGUGCAGCUAUUGGGAACGCAUCUAUUUUCCGUCUAAGGUAUGGUUGUUUCUCGGAUUCUGGAACUGAAUCUGUUGGAGUACCUUCAAUGUCGACUACCUAUGAUGCCUGCUUGCAACCUCAAAUCAUGCAGCAAGUUUGCAGCAUUGAUGCAGUGAGUGCCCGUAGUGAAAUGAAGUGGAUGGAGGAACAGUGAGGAGUUCCAACCAAACACAGCACUUCAACUGGAGCUACAAAUGCGGUUUUGGCUGAUAAUGUAUCUUCCAAUGAAUUAAUUGGACCUGUGGUUAACGAAGCAAAGAGGGAUGCUGGCAGCAUUGGGCAGCCUUCAACUCUGUGGGAUGAUGGUCUAAAUAACAUAAGGAUUGGGGGCCUGCUAUCUGAAGCAUCAUUGCAGGGAAUUUUGAAUACCUUCGAUCCAAAAUCAAAUGGGAGUAACCCAGGCUUGAAGCUUUCUCAGUUAAUCUCUGAUUCACUAGAUGCCUUUAUUGCUGCGCAAGUAAAUCAUUCCCAAGGACCGAGACGUCCUCCCCAAUGUUCUUGCUCAUCUAAUUUGGAUGCUGAAGACACAUGCCAUGAGCUUGCCAUUAAGAAAUUCUCUGCCUCUGGCAAAGAUUGUCAAGCCUUGAGUGGAAGCGCAUAUUCUCAGACCUGCAGUCAAGAUGCUGGUUCAAAGUCAUCUAAACAUUCAACUAUGACUGCGUGUCCUUGGUACCAAUCUAGCCUUCAACAAGGUCAUGGCUGUGAAGAAUCCGAAACAGAGUUGUCACUUGGUUCUCGAGUUUGUAAUAAUGAAAACAGCCUAGGGCUUUCAGGAAUCAAAUGGACUGAUUCUUUGGGACCCUUCGACCGCCUGUCAUCUUCUAGAAAGAUUAUCAAUGGUGACAGCUUAAGCAUUGGCAGGAUUAUUUCCUGACGUCUGAUUACA